AUGUCGAACGCGGCGGCGCUUCUGAACCCGUGGUGUAAGCCUCUUCUCAUCGGUGGGCCGAGGAGUCUCCCUCGCGCAGUUCUGGAGGGGUGGCCUGUCGCUAUACGGCUGUCUGGUCUCCGCCGGACGUACGCCGGAGGGGCGACACAUCAAUUGGCCGGCCACUCGCUGCUCCGGACUCCUUGCACGGCCUCUCGUUGCUCCACCGGCGAUGCCGCCGCCGGAGGGGGGACCAGUCCCGAUUUCGACGCUCUUCCGAGUCGGGUACCGUCAUUACAUCGCCGCUGUUGAUUGAUUUGCGUCGAUUGUCGUGGGAUGCUAUCGUGAGUUCUUUCUGUGUUGAAAUUUUGCUUCGUUAGGGCAAUGAGAAGCAGGGUUUCUGGUCGAAGUGGAAGGUGAGAUUUCUUUGCUAGCCCGAGGAUCUGCUCCGAUUCAUUUCUGAAGCUCUCAUCUCUGGAAUCUCGUCAUCUUCGGGGGAGCUGAUCGUUUGGCCAGGCAGACACGGCAGAGAUGAGCUCGAGAAUCGCGAAAUUGGGGCUGGCGGCAGUUCUGGCCUACGGGUUGUUCGACGGAGUGACCUACACGAGCUUCUUCACCCUCGCAUUCCUCGGCUAUGAGAAGAGCACGGGGAAGAACCCCGCCGCCAACCUCAAAGCUCUUUUGGGGGUAAGCUACCAGCCUGAACUCGCCAUCUACUACCGGCCUGCCUUCAUAUUUCUUGCAAUGCAUCCAUCCUUUGGGCAGAUCCAUCUCAACUUGCCAUGACUCUCACUACGGUGAUGAUUCAUCGUCGCUGGACCCGAGUUCCGGACGCCAAGAUCAAUCGGGGCCCUUCUUCAAGGCAUCCAUCCAUCCAUCCGUCCUCCCCUUGACUUCCGUUGAUCUCCUUACUGAGAUCCGAUUUCCCCACCCUGUGCGAGAGAAGCUCCAUUUGCAGGCAUCUUCUCCCAUUCCCUCUCUGUUCUCCAUCUCCCAGAUUGAUUUCUUCGAUACAACCCAUCCCCGCCGGUUUUCUUCUGCUCACUGAUGUUUGAGAUGAACGGGAGAACAGAUCGUGAUUCUCAUGUGGACGGGCAACAACGUCACUCGGCCCUUCCGUGUGGCGGGGGCGGCAGCGCUGGCGCCUGCCAUUGACAAGCUGCUGAAGAGAAUCCAGACGAAGCUCAAUUUGCCCAGCCAGAUCUACGCCUUCGCGCUGGUCGUCGGCGGCGUGGGCGGCAUCUGCUUCUCCGUCGUCGGUCUCCUCAUCCUCUCCCGGUGGGGAAAAUGA